UAUUGCUUUCCAGCACUGCACGUUUUCCGUCGCUUUCUUCAGAACCAGCAGCAUCUCGGAGUGGAACCCCGACACUUCAAGGAGAAGAAGAAGGCGCACCGGGAGGGGGGGGAGGACACGUUUUUGCACCGAGUUGGAAAGGAGCUCUUCGGGCACUUUUUACGCACCCAUGUUACGCACUGGGACUAACUGAAUUUAGCGACGCGUAUCAAUAUUUUAUGGAAUAAAACAUCAUUAAAUAUGAUUCCAUACAUAAAAUAUGUGCUGUGGUUGUAUUGUCUCUGUGAAUCUGCCACUGCAACAGGCUCCAGCGUCUUAUCAAUAAUGAGACCAGUCACCGGGUCCCUCUCGGGGAAGGUAAAUCUUCCCUGCUUCUUCUCCAUCAUCCCAACAUCGGCACCAUCGGUCGUUUCCAAUGCAACGGCCCUUUACAACAGAGAUUACUUACGCAUCAAAUGGACCAAAAUAGAUGGAGACGUGGAAUCCACGGUGCUGGUGGCGCAGAAUGGCGUGAUCAAAAUAGGCUCGAGCUACAGGAACCGCGUCUCCGUGCCCAGUCACCCUGAGGAUGUAGGCGACUCUUCGUUGACGAUGGUCAAGUUGCGUGCCAGUGAUGCGGGCACAUACCGCUGUGAGGUCAUUUACGGCAUUGAGGACACCCAGGAUACAGUGAACCUUGAUGUCAACGGCGUUGUGUUUCACUACCGGACGAGCACCAACAGAUACACUUUGGAUUACCCGAGCGCGGUCCAAGCUUGCCAAAAUGUUGGAGCAACCAUCGCUACAUAUGACCAACUGAAAGCAGCUUAUGAGGAUGGCUUUGAUCAAUGUGACGCCGGCUGGAUUGCUGACCAGACAGUGAGGUACCCAAUUACAAGGCCAAGGAAGGGCUGCUACGGCAACCUGCUGACGAAACCUGGAGUCAGGUCAUAUGGGAACCGGAAAGAGACGAAGACCUAUGAUGUAUACUGUUACGUAGACAAACUUGAUGGUGAAGUGUACUACGCUCCCGUGACCCGCAAGAUGACCUUCGAAGAGGCGAGUGCAGAAUGUAAGGCGAGGAAUGCUGUCCUCGCAUCCCCCGGCCAGCUCCACGCGGCCUGGCGUCAUGGUCUGGACAGAUGUGACUACGGCUGGCUCUCCGACGGCAGUGUACGACAUCCUGUCGCAGUAGCCAGAGUGAAGUGUGGGGGAGGCCUGCUUGGCGUCAGGACCAUGUACCGUUACAGAAACCAGACCGGCUUCCCUGAACCGACUAUGAAACUUGGAGCCUACUGUUUCAAAGGAAGGACUAAUGUGAUUAACCAGACGUCCUUCGUGGACGUAUCUGUGGUUGAAACCCUCACCACCGACAUCAGCUCCACCACCUCCACCCCUUUACUUGAGAGCAGCGCCGCUCUGCUUACCCCAACAUCUCAAAGUGUGUCUCCAGACUCUGCUGCUCCGAAAAAUCCUCCAUCAAUGUUCUCUACCAGCAUGACUCCAACUCGCCUCAGUCCGACAGGCCAAGAAGAGGAGUUAUUCACCACGGUUUCACCCACCAUCAAAGAGGUGGAAGACACUGAUGUCGUAACACGGGACGUCGAAGACUUGAAACGUGAAAAUGUGACCCACGUGGACUCUGCUCCUCACGCUGGUGACACAUUCUCAAGGCCCCAACACACAACUCAAAGCACACCCACCACCGAUUCACCUGCUAAACCCUUUGAGGGGCCUCACGAUCAGUCAAUAACUGAGAUCGGCACAACAACGCCAUUCCCAGAGCAUGAGGAGGUUGAGUUUGUGGUACAAGGACGGCCGCCUACUGUGCCACCCCAACGAGACCUCUCAUCCAGCCCAUUGGACAGCUCUAGUAAUACUGAGGAAACGACAUCCGCCUCAGCUACUACCAGUUCUACUACCUUCAUGUGUAACACCAAACCCGGCACUGAGGCGGAGAUCACCGCCACAGAAUCGCCAGAGACGACCCGCGCUUCCACACAAGUCACACCUCGAGCGCAGGACGUAGAGACCCGUGCCGUCGACUACGAGGAAGAGACCACGCCGGGAGCUGCGACAGCCGGCACAGCUGAGGAUAUGACAUCGGCCACCAGUCUGCCGCAGCACAGCGGGGGCUUCUCGGCAGAGGACGACAAAGUAACAAAGGCGGGCACAGAUUUCAAGAGCACCACACUGGGUGCAGUGGUUGCUGAAGAACGAUCAAAUGAAGUGACGGCCAUCAUUCAAGAUGUAUCAGUUGACCAGGCUUUACAGCAACAAGAUCCCCAGUCUUCCACUAUACCAGUUGUGCCCGACCAUCCCACCCCCUCCAUUGCCGAUGGAGAACCCAUCCAGCAGAGUGGCGAACCAGACCUCUCCUACCAAGCAUCUGUAACUAUUACUCCAACUGUAAGCUUCAUAAAUGCCAAAGAUGAGCUCACACUAGAGCCAAUGAGUGCAGAAGAAAAAGAGGUCAAAGGUACCCAGAUUUUGACAAAUGUGUCAAGUUUGGGAGUGAGCGAGGAAAUAACCACAGGGUUUGAUUUUAGUUGGACCGAUCUCCCUGAUAGCUCAGCGGAAUACACAGAAGAACCGACCAAAACACUUAUUUCUACAGAGAUCCCAGAUAUUGAUCAGUAUGACUCUGAAAUAUUAGUUGAAUCUACACCUCCUGAUAUAUUACUUGGAGAAGAUGACCUGAUCAUAAAGGACACUACAGACACAACCUUUGCUCCAACACUGGAGGACACAGUAUCAAAAAGUACACAAAAAACAGUACCGGGCCCAGCUGCCACACACUCCACAGAGGGGAUGACUCAUGUCACAUCUACCGCUGCCGACUUUGUUCCUACGAUAACACCAGCUGAGCCACAGAUCACCAAAGCAACUGCACAAACACAAACCCAGAAGGCUAAAAAGGAAUCCACCUCUGUCAUUCCCACAUCUGUACUAGAAGAGGCAAGUGUGUCAGGGCGGACUCUCACCUAUGUAAAAAAUGACUCAGAAAUGACUGAGACAGAGAAGUCGAAGGAACAAUCCUAUGUUACUUCUUCAACCAGACUUUACACAGCCAGAGAUAAAGCAGAGACCACAGAAGACAUAAAGAGCACAUCUGCCACUCCAGCUGCUGAACACAGCACUCAGUCUACGUUACAGGCUGUGUACACUCCCUCCUCGGGCGACCCUGAAUGGAAAACACCAACAUUGACAACUCGUGACUCACAGAGCUCCGAUCAAGAUGUGGGGGGAGGAGGAAUGCCAGAAGUCCCCCCAAAAUUAGCCCUCAGCACAACAGAUCCAACAGUAUCUAGUGGUUCAUCCUCUCUUGAACAGACAGCAAAGACUGAGGUGACGCCGGUUGUAUAUUUAGGCAAAACCGAAUCAUCGGCAUCUGUAUCACCUAUUAUUGCUGACACUUCACCAGGUACGGCCUCAAGUCAGGGAGGUAGUUCAAUCAGCAAAAGCCCUUCCUCAACUACUGAGAAAGCUGUAAGUGAUGCAAUGUCUACACCAGAGGAGGAUGAUUCAAGUGUGCAAGCAGUAAACAUGUUUACAACCGGCCCGACUUCACAUACUUCGGCUGAGACAAUAAUGUCAUCUUCAAGUCCAAGUUCCACAAAUACAACAGAUGAACCUCUGUGGGAGAGUGAAGUAACAUCAGAAGCCGCAGGCAAAGAUAACGCAUUCAUUCAUGCAAAUGAUAGAUCUCCCACCACCAUGCAUGAGCUGAGGGAUCCUUCGCCCUUAUACAGUGCUAUUGAAAUUGUCAAGACAACCUCAUUCCACAAAUACUUCAGUCCGUACUCUACACAAAGCACAUUAUUAACGACUGAAUUUCCUAAGGAAACCACUGAUGCAACAGAUGAGCAGACUUCAGUACACCAAACCUUCUCACCUGUGGCCACCUAUACUCCUUCAGUCACAAGCAAAGUAAAACCCUAUGAGUCUAUUUCAAGUGCAGCCUCAACAGUGGAAAUCUCUGGUGUAAAUGGAGUUACAAAGACAGGAUCAUCAAGUCCCAGCACUGCUGUACAAAUUACAGAUGAUCAAACUUCUGGGACGACAUCAACACGACCUAAGCACAGCACAACUACUCAUACUGGUGCAAAAGGGACUUUCUCCACUUCUUCACUUGAAGAAACUUCUGGCAAACAGACAACUGAAAAAUCAAGUAAAGAGUCUCUAACAUCUACAACCUUGCCAUUGUUUAGCACUGACAGACCAGCUGCACAAGUAACGAGUCAGUCAGAAAGCAGACAAGCCAGUAAAAUUACCGGUAAAACAGAAUACAGUUCUGUUUUCUCUACAACAGGUGAUGAUAGGUUGGGGGAGAAGAAGCCUGGAAUGGCUGCUCAGACAUCUGUUGUUUCAGUAACAUCUUCUGUGGACAGCACUGGAACACCCAAAACAGAAAUGUCACCUAAAGCAGAAGAGACUGAAGCCACAAGGGGUGCUAAAAAAGCAUCAAUGACAACAGAAUCAAAUGUUUCCCUCCCUAAAACCGAGAACAACCAAGAAAUGACUUUCAACAAAACUCCGUCACUUAACACGCCUAAGACACCAACAUCAGAGUCACAUCAAAUCCUUUUAACUUGGACCUCAUCUGUCACAGCUAUAUUGCCUCUCAAAAGCACUUGGGAACCAUCAAGUACUUCUGCUGUUCCAAAAACUACUGUUUCAGACAUUGAAAAUGAAGAAGAAAGUAGUCAAACUACACUGUUGGAGUCCAUACCUUCCAUCAGUCAAAUAGCUAAGGAACCUAAGACUGCAUCAUCCCUCAUUACCCUGGUCUCAGAAGGUUUUGGAGACAGUACAGAGUCACCAUCAGUGACAGCUUCCAGUCAAACUCAAACAAGUAAUACUUCAACAUCAACUGUAACCAUAGCGUCAUCACUCUACAGUACUGAGAAACCAACAUCAGAAUCACCUGAAACAAAAGAGAGUGUAUCAACAAGUCAAACUGAGAAACUAUCAGCUUCAGCAAAGACCACUUCUACCUUGUCAACGACAGAUGAAGAUGGAUCCGGUGACCAAACAGAAAACAUGUUCACUCAGACCUCAUCUGUAAUAGCAAAAUCGUCUCCCUACACCACUGUAGUACCAUCAACAUCUCGUGUUACAUCGUCUGUUACUUCUGAAAUUAAGGUGGAGGACAUUGGCAGUGAAUCUACAAUGGUGGAGUCCAUUUCUCUCAUCAGUGAAUCAACCAUGACGCUUGAAACAUCAUCAUUCCCCAUAACCAUAGAUUCAGAUAGUUCUGGGGACAGCACUGAUAAUUUCACUGAAGAGUCUCAUAGUAAAACAACUACAGUGUCUUCAUCUUGGACUACAGAGUCACCAUCAGUGACAGCUUCCAGUCAAACUCAAACAAGUAAUACUUCAACAUCAACUGUAACCAUAGCGUCAUCACUCUACAGUACUGAGAAACCAACAUCAGAAUCACCUGAAACAAAAGAGAGUGUAUCAACAAGUCAAACUGAGAAACUAUCAGCUUCAGCAAAGACAACUUCUACCUUGUCAACGACAGAUGAAGAUGGAUCCGGUGACCAAACAGAAAACAUGUUCACUCAGACCUCAUCUGUAAUAGCAAAAUCGUCUCCCUACACCACUGAAGUACUAUCAAUAUCUCCUGUUACAUCGUCUGUUACUUCUGAAAUUGAGGUAGAGGACAUUGGCAGUGAAUCUACAAUGGUGGAGUCCAUUUCUCUCAUCAGUGAAUCAACCAUGACGCUUGAAACAUCAUCAUUCCCCAUAACCAUAGAUUCAGAUAGUUCUGGGGACAGCACUGAUAAUUUCACUGAAGAGUCUCAUAGUAAAACAACUACAGUGUCUUCAUCUUGGACUACAGAGUCACCAUCAGUGUCAGCUUCCAGUCAAACUCAAACAAGUAAUACUUCAACAUCAACUGUAACCAUAGCGUCAUCACUCUACAGUACUGAGAAACCAACAUCAGAAUCACCUGAUACAAAAGAGAGUGUAUCAACAAGUCAAACUGAGAAACUAUCAGCUUCAGCAAAGACCACUUCUACCUUGUCAACGACAGAUGAAGAUGGAUCCGGUGACCAAACAGAAAACAUGUUCACUCAGACCUCAUCUGUAAUAGCAAAAUCGUCUCCCUACACCACUGAAGUACUAUCAACAUCUCGUGUUACAUCGUCUGUUACUUCUGAAAUUGAGGUAGAGGACAUUGGCAGUGAAUCUACAAUGGUGGAGUCCAUUUCUCUCAUCAGUGAAUCAACCAUGACGCUUGAAACAUCAUCAUUCCCCAUAACCAUAGAUUCAGAUAGUUCUAGGGACAGCACUGAUAAUUUCACUGACGAGUCUCAUAGUAAAACAACUACAGUGUCUUCAUCUUGGACUACAGAGUCACCAUCAGUGACAGCUUCCAGUCAAACUCAAACAAGUAAUACUUCAACAUCAACUGUAACCAUAGCAUCAUUACUCUACAGUACUGAGAAACCAACAUCAGAAUCACCUGAAACAAAAGAGAGUGUAUCAACAAGUCAAACUGAGAAACUAUCAGCUUCAGCAAAGACAACUUCUACCUUGUCAACGACAGAUGAAGAUGGAUCCGGUGACCAAACAGAAAACAUGUUCACUCAGACCUCAUCUGUAAUAGCAAAAUCGUCUCCCUACACCACUGAAGUACCAUCAACAUCUCCGGUUACAUCGUCUGUUACUUCUGAAAUUGAGGUGGAGGACAUUGGCAGUGAAUCUACAAUGGUGGAGUCCAUUUCUCUCAUCAGUGAAUCAACCAUGACGCUUGAAACAUCAUCAUUCCCCAUAACCAUAGAUUCAGAUAGUUCUGGGGACAGCACUGAUAAUUUCACUGACGAGUCUCAUAGUAAAACAACUACAGUGUCUUCAUCUUGGACUACAGAGUCACCAUCAGUGACAGCUUCCAGUCAAACUCAAACAAGUAAUACUUCAACAUCAACUGUAACCAUAGCAUCAUUACUCUACAGUACUGAGAAACCAACAUCAGAAUCACCUGAAACAAAAGAGAGUGUAUCAACAAGUCAAACUGAGAAACUAUCAGCUUCAGCAAAGACAACUUCUACCUUGUCAACGACAGAUGAAGAUGGAUCCGGUGACCAAACAGAAAACAUGUUCACUCAGACCUCAUCUGUAAUAGCAAAAUCGUCUCCCUACACCACUGAAGUACCAUCAACAUCUCCGGUUACAUCGUCUGUUACUUCUGAAAUUGAGGUGGAGGACAUUGGCAGUGAAUCUACAAUGGUGGAGUCCAUUUCUCUCAUCAGUGAAUCAACCAUGACGCUUGAAACAUCAUCAUUCCCCAUAACCAUAGAUUCAGAUAGUUCUGGGGACAGCACUGAUAAUUUCACUGAAGAGUCUCAUAGUAAAACAACUACAGUGUCUUCAUCUUGGACUACAGAGUCACCAUCAGUGACAGCUUCCAGUCAAACUCAAACAAGUAAUACUUCAACAUCAACUGUAACCAUGGCGUCAUCACUCUACAGUACUGAGAAACCAACAUCAGAAUCACCUGAAACAAAAGAGAGUGUAUCAACAAGUCAAACUGAGAAACUAUCAGCUUCAGCAAAGACCACUUCUACCUUGUCAACGACAGAUGAAGAUGGAUCCGGUGACCAAACAGAAAACAUGUUCACUCAGACCUCAUCUGUAAUAGCAAAAUCGUCUCCCUACACCACUGUAAAACCAACAUCAGAAUCACCUGAAACAAAAGAGAGUGUAUCAACAAGUCAAACUGAGAAACUAUCAGCUUCAGCAAAGACAACUUCUACCUUGUCAACGACAGAUGAAGAUGGAUCCGGUGACCAAACAGAAAACAUGUUCACUCAGACCUCAUCUGUAAUAGCAAAAUCGUCUCCCUACACCACUGAAGUACCAUCAACAUCUCCGGUUACAUCGUCUGUUACUUCUGAAAUUGAGGUGGAGGAUAUUGGCAGUGAAUCUACAAUGGUGGAGUCCAUUUCUCUCAUCAGUGAAUCAACCAUGACGCUUGAAACAUCAUCAUUCCCCAUAACCAUAGAUUCAGAUAGUUCUGGGGACAGCACUGAUAAUUUCACUGAAGAGUCUCAUAGUAAAACAACUACAGUGUCUUCAUCUUGGACUACAGAGUCACCAUCAGUGACAGCUUCCAGUCAAACUCAAACAAGUAAUACUUCAACAUCAACUGUAACCAUAGCGUCAUCACUCUACAGUACUGAGAAAUCUACAUCAGAAUCACCUGAAACAAAAGAGAGUGUAUCAACAAGUCAAACUGAGAAACUAUCAGCUUCAGCAAAGACCACUUCUACCUUGUCAACAACAGAUGAAGAUGGAUCCGGUGACCAAACAGAAAACAUGUUCACUCAGACCUCAUCUGUAAUAGCAAAAUCGUCUCCCUACACCACUGAAGUACCAUCAACAUCUCCUGUUACAUUGUCUGUUACUUCUGAAAUUGAGGUGGAGGACAUUGGCAGUGAAUCUACAAUGGUGGAGUCCAUUUCUCUCAUCAGUGAAUCAACCAUGACGCUUGAAACAUCAUCAUUCCCCAUAACCAUAGAUUCAGAUAGUUCUGGGGACAGCACUGAUAAUUUCACUGAAGAGUCUCAUAGUAAAACAACUACAGUGUCUUCAUCUUGGACUACAGAGUCACCAUCAGUGACAGCUUCCAGUCAAACUCAAACAAGUAAUACUUCAACAUCAACUGUAACCAUAGCGUCAUCACUCUACAGUACUGAGAAACCAACAUCAGAAUCACCUGAAACAAAAGAGAGUGUAUCAACAAGUCAAACUGAGAAACUAUCAGCUUCAGCAAAGACAACUUCUACCUUGUCAACGACAGAUGAAGAUGGAUCCGGUGACCAAACAGAAAACAUGUUCACUCAGACCUCAUCUGUAAUAGCAAAAUCGUCUCCCUACACCACUGAAGUACCAUCAACAUCUCCUGUUACAUCGUCUGUUACUUCUGAAAUUGAGGUGGAGGACAUUGGCAGUGAAUCUACAAUGGUGGAGUCCAUUUCUCUCAUCAGUGAAUCAACCAUGACGCUUGAAACAUCAUCAUUCCCCAUAACCAUAGAUUCAGAUAGUUCUGGGGACAGCACUGAUAAUUUCACUGAAGAGUCUCAUAGUAAAACAACUACAGUGUCUUCAUCUUGGACUACAGAGUCACCAUCAGUGACAGCUUCCAGUCAAACUCAAACAAGUAAUACUUCAACAUCAACUGUAACCAUAGCGUCAUCACUCUACAGUACUGAGAAACCAACAUCAGAAUCACCUGAAACAAAAGAGAGUGUAUCAACAAGUCAAACUGAGAAACUAUCAGCUUCAGCAAAGACAACUUCUACCUUGUCAACGACAGAUGAAGAUGGAUCCGGUGACCAAACAGAAAUUAUGUUCACUCAGACCUCAUCUGUAAUAGCAAAAUCGUCUCCCUACACCACUGUAGUACCAUCAACAUCUCGUGUUACAUCGUCUGUUACUUCUGAAAUUAAGGUGGAGGACAUUGGCAGUGAAUCUACAAUGGUGGAGUCCAUUUCUCUCAUCAGUGAAUCAACCAUGACGCUUGAAACAUCAUCAUUCCCCAUAACCAUAGAUUCAGAUACAUCUGGGGACAGCACUGAUAAUUUCACUGAAGAGACUCAUAGUAAAACAACUACAGUGUCUUCAUCUUGGACUACAGAGUCACCAUCAGUGACAGCUUCCAGUCAAACUCAAACAAGUAAUACUUCAACAUCAACUGUAACCAUAGCGUCAUCACUCUACAGUACUGAGAAACCAACAUCAGAAUCACCUGAAACAAAAGAGAGUGUAUCAACAAGUCAAACUGAGAAACUAUCAGCUUCAGCAAAGACAACUUCUACCUUGUCAACGACAGAUGAAGAUGGAUCCGGUGACCAAACAGAAAACAUGUUCACUCAGACCUCAUCUGUAAUAGCAAAAUCGUCUCCCUACACCACUGAAGUACCAUCAACAUCUCCUGUUACAUCGUCUGUUACUUCUGAAAUUGAGGUGGAGGACAUUGGCAGUGAAUCUACAAUGGUGGAGUCCAUUUCUCUCAUCAGUGAAUCAACCAUGACGCUUGAAACAUCAUCAUUCCCCAUAACCAUAGAUUCAGAUAGUUCUGGGGACAGCACUGAUAAUUUCACUGAAGAGUCUCAUAGUAAAACAACUACAGUGUCUUCAUCUUGGACUACAGAGUCACCAUCAGUGACAGCUUCCAGUCAAACUCAAACAAGUAAUACUUCAACAUCAACUGUAACCAUAGCGUCAUCACUCUACAGUACUGAGAAACCAACAUCAGAAUCACCUGAAACAAAAGAGAGUGUAUCAACAAGUCAAACUGAGAAACUAUCAGCUUCAGCAAAGACCACUUCUACCUUGUCAACGACAGAUGAAGAUGGAUCCGGUGACCAAACAGAAAACAUGUUCACUCAGACCUCAUCUGUAAUAGCAAAAUCGUCUCCCUACACCACUGAAGUACCAUCAACAUCUCCGGUUACAUCGUCUGUUACUUCUGAAAUUGAGGUGGAGGACAUUGGCAGUGAAUCUACAAUGGUGGAGUCCAUUUCUCUCAUCAGUGAAUCAACCAUGACGCUUGAAACAUCAUCAUUCCCCAUAACCAUAGAUUCAGAUAGUUCUGGGGACAGCACUGAUAAUUUCACUGAAGAGUCUCAUAGUAAAACAACUACAGUGUCUUCAUCUUGGACUACAGAGUCACCAUCAGUGACAGCUUCCAGUCAAACUCAAACAAGUAAUACUUCAACAUCAACUGUAACCAUAGCGUCAUCACUCUACAGUACUGAGAAACCAACAUCAGAAUCACCUGAAACAAAAGAGAGUGUAUCAACAAGUCAAACUGAGAAACUAUCAGCUUCAGCAAAGACCACUUCUACCUUGUCAACGACAGAUGAAGAUGGAUCCGGUGACCAAACAGAAAACAUGUUCACUCAGACCUCAUCUGUAAUAGCAAAAUCGUCUCCCUACACCACUGAAGUACUAUCAACAUCUCCUGUUACAUCGUCUGUUACUUCUGAAAUUGAGGUAGAGGACAUUGGCAGUGAAUCUACAAUGGUGGAGUCCAUUUCUCUCAUCAGUGAAUCAACCAUGACGCUUGAAACAUCAUCAUUCCCCAUAACCAUAGAUUCAGAUAGUUCUGGGGACAGCACUGAUAAUUUCACUGAAGAGUCUCAUAGUAAAACAACUACAGUGUCUUCAUCUUGGACUACAGAGUCACCAUCAGUCACAGCUUCCAGUCAAACUCAAACAAGUAAUACUUCAACAUCAACUGUAACCAUAGCAUCAUUACUCUACAGUACUGAGAAACCAACAUCAGAAUCACCUGAAACAAAAGAGAGUGUAUCAACAAGUCAAACUGAGAAACUAUCAGCUUCAGCAAAGACAACUUCUACCUUGUCAACGACAGAUGAAGAUGGAUCCGGUGACCAAACAGAAAACAUGUUCACUCAGACCUCAUCUGUAAUAGCAAAAUCGUCUCCCUACACCACUGAAGUACCAUCAACAUCUCCGGUAACAUCGUCUGUUACUUCUGAAAUUGAGGUGGAGGACAUUGGCAGUGAAUCUACAAUGGUGGAGUCCAUUUCUCUCAUCAGUGAAUCAACCAUGACGCUUGAAACAUCAUCAUUCCCCAUAACCAUAGAUUCAGAUAGUUCUAGGGACAGCACUGAUAAUUUCACUGAAGAGUCUCAUAGUAAAACAACUACAGUGUCUUCAUCUUGGACUACAGAGUCACCAUCAGUGACAGCUUCCAGUCAAACUCAAACAAGUAAUACUUCAACAUCAACUGUAACCAUAGCGUCAUCACUCUACAGUACUGAGAAACCAACAUCAGAAUCACCUGAAACAAAAGAGAGUGUAUCAACAAGUCAAACUGAGAAACUAUCAGCUUCAGCAAAGACAACUUCUACCUUGUCAACGACAGAUGAAGAUGGAUCCGGUGACCAAACAGAAAACAUGUUCACUCAGACCUCAUCUGUAAUAGCAAAAUCGUCUCCCUACACCACUGAAGUACCAUCAACAUCUCCGGUUACAUCGUCUGUUACUUCUGAAAUUGAGGUGGAGGACAUUGGCAGUGAAUCUACAAUGGUGGAGUCCAUUUCUCUCAUCAGUGAAUCAACCAUGACGCUUGAAACAUCAUCAUUCCCCAUAACCAUAGAUUCAGAUAGUUCUAGGGACAGCACUGAUAAUUUCACUGACGAGUCUCAUAGUAAAACAACUACAGUGUCUUCAUCUUGGACUACAGAGUCACCAUCAGUGACAGCUUCCAGUCAAACUCAAACAAGUAAUACUUCAACAUCAACUGUAACCAUAGCGUCAUCACUCUACAGUACUGAGAAUCCAACAUCAGAAUCACCUGAAACAAAAGAGAGUGUAUCAACAAGUCAAACUGAGAAACUAUCAGCUUCAGCAAAGACCACUUCUACCUUGUCAACAACAGAUGAAGAUGGAUCCGAUGACCAAACAGAAAACAUGUUCACUCAGACCUCAUCUGUAAUAGCAAAAUCGUCUCCCUACACCACUGAAGUACCAUCAACAUCUCCUGUUACAUUGUCUGUUACUUCUGAAAUUGAGGUGGAGGACAUUGGCAGUGAAUCUACAAUGGUGGAGUCCAUUUCUCUUAUCAGUGAAUCAACCAUGACGCUUGAAACAUCAUCAUUCCCCAUAACCAUAGAUUCAGAUAGUUCUGGGGACAGCACUGAUAAUUUCACUGAAGAGUUUCAUAGUAAAACAACUACAGUGUCUUCAUUUUGGACUACAGAGUCACCAUCAGUAACAGCUUCCAGUCAAACUCAAACAACAUACAUGUUCACUCAGACCUCAUCUGUAAUAGCAAAAUCGUCUCCCUACACCACUGAAGUACCAUCAACAUCUCCUGUUACAUUGUCUGUUACUUCUGAAAUUGAGGUGGAGGACAUUGGCAGUGAAUCUACAAUGGUGGAGUCCAUUUCUCUCAUCAGUGAAUCAACCAUGACGCUUGAAACAUCAUCAUUCCCCAUAACCAUAGAUUCAGAUAGUUCUGGGGACAGCACUGAUAAUUUCACUGAAGAGUCUCAUAGUAAAACAACUACAGUGUCUUCAUCUUGGACUACAGAGUCACCAUCAGUGACAGCUUCCAGUCAAACUCAAACAAGUAAUACUUCAACAUCAACUGUAACCAUAGCGUCAUCACUCUACAGUACUGAGAAACCAACAUCAGAAUCACCUGAAACAAAAGAGAGUGUAUCAACAAGUCAAACUGAGAAACUAUCAGCUUCAGCAAAGACAACUUCUACCUUGUCAACGACAGAUGAAGAUGGAUCCGGUGACCAAACAGAAAACAUGUUCACUCAGACCUCAUCUGUAAUAGCAAAAUCGUCUCCCUACACCACUGAAGUACCAUCAACAUCUCCGGUUACAUCGUCUGUUACUUCUGAAAUUGAGGUGGAGGACAUUGGCAGUGAAUCUACAAUGGUGGAGUCCAUUUCUCUCAUCAGUGAAUCAACCAUGACGCUUGAAACAUCAUCAUUCCCCAUAACCAUAGAUUCAGAUAGUUCUGGGGACAGCACUGAUAAUUUCACUGACGAGUCUCAUAGUAAAACAACUACAGUGUCUUCAUCUUGGACUACAGAGUCACCAUCAGUGACAGCUUCCAGUCAAACUCAAACAAGUAAUACUUCAACAUCAACUGUAACCAUAGCAUCAUUACUCUACAGUACUGAGAAACCAACAUCAGAAUCACCUGAAACAAAAGAGAGUGUAUCAACAAGUCAAACUGAGAAACUAUCAGCUUCAGCAAAGACAACUUCUACCUUGUCAACGACAGAUGAAGAUGGAUCCGGUGACCAAACAGAAAACAUGUUCACUCAGACCUCAUCUGUAAUAGCAAAAUCGUCUCCCUACACCACUGAAGUACCAUCAACAUCUCCGGUUACAUCGUCUGUUACUUCUGAAAUUGAGGUGGAGGAUAUUGGCAGUGAAUCUACAAUGGUGGAGUCCAUUUCUCUCAUCAGUGAAUCAACCAUGACGCUUGAAACAUCGUCAUUCCCCAUAACCAUAGAUUCAGAUAGUUCUGGGGACAGCACUGAUAAUUUCACUGACGAGUCUCAUAGUAAAACAACUACAGUGUCUUCAUCUUGGACUACAGAGUCACCAGCAGUGACAGCUUCCAGUCAAACUCAAACAAGUAAUACUUCAACAUCAACUGUAACCAUAGCGUCAUCACUCUACAGUACUGAGAAACCAACAUCAGAAUCACCUGAAACAAAAGAGAGUGUAACAACAAGUCAAACUGAGAAACUAUCAGCUUCAGCAAAGACAACUUCUACCUUGUCAACGACAGAUGAAGAUGGAUCCGGUGACCAAACAGAAAACAUGUUCACUCAGACCUCAUCUGUAAUAGCAAAAUCGUCUCCCUACACCACUGAAGUACCAUCAACAUCUCCGGUUACAUCGUCUGUUACUUCUGAAAUUGAGGUGGAGGACAUUGGCAGUGAAUCUACAAUGGUGGAGUCCAUUUCUCUCAUCAGUGAAUCAACCAUGACGCUUGAAACAUCAUCAUUCCCCAUAACCAUAGAUUCAGAUAGUUCUGGGGACAGCACUGAUAAUUUCACUGAAGAGUCUCAUAGUAAAACAACUACAGUGUCUUCAUCUUGGACUACAGAGUCACCAUCAGUGACAGCUUCCAGUCAAACUCAAACAAGUAAUACUUCAACAUCAACUGUAACCAUAGCGUCAUCACUCUACAGUACUGAGAAACCAACAUCAGAAUCACCUGAAACAAAAGAAAGUGUAUCAACAAGUCAAACUGAGAAACUAUCAGCUUCAGCAAAGACAACUUCUACCUUGUCAACGACAGAUGAAGAUGGAUCCGGUGACCAAACAGAAAACAUGUUCACUCAGACCUCAUCUGUAAUAGCAAAAUCGUCUGCCUACACCACUGAAGUACCAUCAACAUCUCCUGUUACAUCGACUGUUACUUCUGUAAUUGAGGUGGAGGACAUAGGCAGUGAAUCUACAAUGGUGGAGUCCAUUUCUCUUAUCAGUGAGUCAACCAAGACACCUGAAACAGCACCAUACCCCGUAACCCCAGAUUCAAAUCGUUCUGCAGAUGAGUUCACAGAUGCUACCCAGUUUUCUAACACUAUUAAGGCAUUGACGGCAUCAGAAUCUGAGUCAGGAAGUGGUGACGUUCCUGAUGUACAGGGCUUGGGAGAUGAAACUUCCUCAGAAACAGCAUCCCUUCAUUCCUCAGUGGAACAUAGCACCGUAUUAAUGACAACAUAUAGUCCAUUAGUUACAACCACGUUCAUCGAAGAGAAAAGCUCAAGUGAUAGAGAAUUUUUGACAGUCACAACAAUCCCAUAUAGAUUUGAAACCUCUCAACCGUUGGCAGUACCCAGUGUCACUGUAUACCACUCGAAGGAAACCUCUACUUUUAUCGAUAUGGAGAGCUCUGGUGGCUUACUUGCUGAGGAUGAUUUGGAGUCAAGUUCAGACGGAUCUGGUACAGAUGUAUCCGUUGAGACUACAUCCAAACCACAAGAAGAAGGUACUGUGGCAACAGAUGAGACUGAAAUAGAUGAAACCGACAGAACAUCUGCCAUGUCAACCGCUGCAUCUUCAACUCUCUCCAGUACACAUCCUAUAAGGCAAUUUAUACCAUCAACCCAAUCACCACACAUUACAAGCACUGAGGUCUACAAUAUUGAGCACGGCAGUGGAGUUUUCCCUGAUGACUCUGCAGAAGGUGAAAGUUCUGGUGCUGACCUUUUCAUUGGAUUAACUACAUUUAAACCAAUCCCAAGUUCUCCAGUGAUGCCCACUGCUACAGGCUCAAACGAAAUGAUUUUUUCAUCUAGUGCUGCUGCUGUCAGUCAGGAGGGAUUUACCGACCAAACGACGGAUCUGUCCAACGACAAUGUUAUAACACAAAGAACGAUUGCCGCUUCUUCUGUUUACAGCAUUGAUAAUCUAACAGCAACAUCUCCUGAAAUGCACACACUCCAAACAACUGAGACCUCAAAGUCAUUAGUGGACAGCGUCACAUUUGGAGAAGCAACCGGCGAAACUGAAACCUUUGUGUCAGUCACACCAACCUCUGAUGAGCAGGUUUCCUCAGAGGAAGGCAAAAUUACUCCAGAAACACACAGCCCCACCGCUUCUGAAGCUUCGACGCUUCCUCUUUCUAGCAUUGGAGAAUAUAAAGUUAGUGUAGCUGAGGACACAACGCAAUCCUCCUAUACAACUAUGUCUCCCUGGACAAUUGGAGUUUCAGUGAGUGAUCGCUCUACGGUUGAACUCACCACUUUAAGCUCUAUGAGUGAACAAAAGCCGGACAGAUCCACAUUGAUGUCCUCUGCUAUUCCCUCCAUUAUUUAUCAUAGCAUUACAGACCAACAGGUCAUGAUCAUUACUCCCAGUAGCAGCCAAUCCAAAACUGACCAAACUGAACAAACGCCUACCAUGAUUCUCCAUGUGUCUAAACCGUCAACCAGCACAACCAUCAUAUUUACAGAAGAUGCGAAAGAUGAAGAUGAUUUGUUCUCUGCAGUGACAGACACUAUGAAGGGAAGCAGCAUCACUUCUGAGCGUACCACCAAAGAUGAUAAAAUCAUUGAUGCAGAUUCUAUAUCCAUAGUUCCCGCUUCAUUUUACCCUACCAUCCAAACAGAGGAAGCUGGAGGUGUCACACCAGUUACAAUGACACGAAAUUUGGAGGUAACAGAGGAAUCUGAGGGUUCAGGGACAGAGAGUGCCACCUUCUCUCCUCCAGAACCAAUAACUCUAUAUGCAACGUCAACAAGUUAUUUGCCAUUAGACUCAACAUCUUCUGAAUAUUUACCAGUCACUUUAAAUCCAUCAACCGUAGAAGGUGUGUCAAGUAUUCAGACAUCCACUGAUGACACUGUUACAUCUGCACCACAGUCCACGCCAGCAACUACUCUUUCCACAAAGUCAAGCUCUGAAGAAACAACGGAUUUAUCUACACCGCAUACAGGUUUCCUUAUUGGAACUGAUACCAAACCUUUUCCAGAGCAGGCGGAAGAGGAUUUAUCAGGGAAGGACACUGCUGAUAAUGUCACCCACUCUAUAGCUGAGAUCACAGCUUCCUCAUCUUUGCCACCUCAAACUCUAACUGGAACAUCAAACAAAAGCUCGGUCCCUCCUGUGUCCAGUGAGGAGUAUAUUAUUAGCACAGUUGCCAUCACACCCACACCUGCGUCCACUGACCCCGCCACAGUGAAAUCAAGUAGUGAAGCAGUGAUAUCUACAGUCUCUUCACCGUUCAGCACUGAGAGACCAACUGUUGCCCUGGAUACAGGACUAAAAGAUGGGGAUAUUUCAGUGAACCGAAACCAAAGUAUGCUCACUGAGGGCAUGCCAACUUCACCUGUAACGGUUUCAGUAAGUUCACGUGAACCUUCCACCGAUGGGACUAAAAUUGCUGCUUCCAGUCUUUACAGCACAGAGAAGCCAACUGUCACACCAUCUUCUAAAGUUACUGGGAAAGAUAGAUCACAUGAUGACACUUAUUUGACAGAGCAUGUGACACAGACGGCCGCUUUUCUGCACAGCACAAUGAAAAUGGACCAAAUGCUAACAUUAUCCCCUCCUUACAGCACAGAUAUGUUUUCAAGUGAGGAGGGCUCUGGGGCUGAGAUAUCAGAUACACAGACUGCUUUACCUAAGACAAGCACACAUCAAACCGAUAGUGUUACGCUUGCUGCAAAAAUCUCUACAAGCACACAGAUCACAAUAGUGAACACCACAAUGCCGGAAGAUCUCAUUUACUUUGAACCUACUUCAAAUGGCUCAUCAGCAUCACCAUCGUCACAGGCAGAUGUUAUAGUCCAAUUUGUCACAACAGAUUCCCCUGUACAUCACCUAACAACCACCCAGAAGUUAUUUGAACAGGCAAGGUCAGAGGUCUCACCAAAAACAGUUAUAGAAUCGUCAACUUUGCCUACAGCGUCUUCUCUGGUCGCUGAAGGCAGCGGGGCAGUUGAACCAGCUGUUGAUUUGUUUUCAAGUGGUGCAGAGAUUGAACCAUCUCCAGAUACAGAUGUCCAAAUAGGAACUUCAACGGAGAAUAUCAAUGAUGGCAAUAUAGAUAAUUCGACGCCAGAUUAUGAUGCAGCAAACCUCAACAGAGUUGAAACAGUUCCAGAUAGCAACAAAACAUCACCUGAUCCUCAAACAUCUGAAAGUCAGAAUGUUGACGCCUUGAGCAGUACUGGAAGUCGCUCAGAAGAAAAUGCAACCAAAUCCCCAGUAGUGGCAUCAGCAGACAUAACUUUCUUAGCUCCUGACAGUGUAGAAUCCUCCUCUAGUUCUGAGAGUGGUUCUGAAAGCACAGGCAGCUCAGAGGAAAGCAUUGUCGCAGGAAGCACUGCUAGUGGGGAGGUUGGGAACAUCCUCGCGGAACAUGGAUCCGUCAGUUCUGAGAGUGUGUCCGGUGAAAUGACAACUACCAAGAAACCAAAGAUUAACACCAUAGAGGAACAGUCUCUGCCCCGAGAGGAAAUCCAGACUGUAUUCAAAGUUGAUGCAACCGCAGCUCCAGAGAUGGAGUCAACCAGUGUUGGUAGAACAUCUGAGAAAGAAGAUGUUAUCCGUGAAAUGAUUGUCACUACUCACUCGAGGACCCAUACAGAGUUCACAACAAUGACACCAGAUCAAACACAAAGCUUGCCAGUUUUAGUUGAAUCUGUUGCCACCACUCCAUCAUCUUUUUCGGAGGAGGAAGGCAAACCGGACAAAGACACAGUACACAUUGGAGGAGAAUCCUUAAUAAGAGGGGAGGAAACAACUGUGAUAACUGACACUGCUUUGGGGCAGACCAUUGUGGGAGAGACUGUUGAAAUUCAAGGAGUUAACUCGUGUACAGAAAACAUCUGUCUCAACGGAGGUUCUUGCUCCAAAAGUGGCAGCAUCUAUAUAUGUACCUGUGCUCCAGGUUACAGUGGUGAUCUGUGUGAAACAGAUUUUGAUGAGUGCCAGUCAAAUCCUUGCCGCAAUGGAGGUACAUGUGUUGACAGGCUGGCCUCCUUUACAUGUGUGUGCCUCCCAAGCUACUCUGGGCUGCAUUGUGAGGAGGAUACAGAAACAUGUGAGUAUGGCUGGCAUAAAUUCCAGGGCCAGUGCUACAAGUACUUCCCCCACAGAAGGAACUGGGACACAGCCGAGAGAGAGUGUCGCAUGCAUGGGGCUCAUCUCUGCAGCAUCGUGGCCCACGAGGAGCAACAGUUUGUCAACCGUCUGGGACAGGACUACCAGUGGAUUGGCCUUAAUGAUAAGAUGUUUGACAGUGACUUCCGCUGGACUGACGGCAGCCCUGUGCAUUAUGAGAACUGGAGACCCAACCAGCCUGACAGCUUCUUCUCCUCUGGUGAGGAUUGUGUUGUGAUGAUAUGGCAUGAGGACGGCCAGUGGAACGAUGUUCCUUGCAACUACCACCUAACAUUCACUUGCAAAAAGGGCACAGUGGCCUGCAACCAACCCCCCCUGGUGGAGAAUGCACGUACCUUCGGUAGGAAGCGUGAGAGGUACGAGAUCAACGCGUUGGUGAGGUACCAGUGCCAGACAGGCUUCAUUCAGAGGCACGUCCCAACUAUUCGCUGUCGUGGGGAUGGCCGAUGGGAUAACCCUAAAAUCACCUGCAUGAACCCAUCGGGGUAUCAGAGGACCUUCAUCAGAAGACAUCAACACAGCAGCCUCUACAGCAUCAACAACUUUAAGAGAUGGCCGGACGAGCCCUUCCGCUUUCACCAGCAGCGCUACCGGGGAAGAAGAGACAGGACUGAAUACAAGCAGGAGAGACAGUAAAGGCCAUGUGACGUGGUACCGCUUACACGAGACGAGGACACAGGGCGGAUGUGCUUGUGUGGAAAGAGGAAAAGGAUUCCCCCAUUAAAAGCACAGGAGGAACCUCAUCAAGUAACCCGAGAGAACAAUUUGUAGUGUUCUUACAUUUUGGAAGAGGAUGGAAUGUAGUGCCUUUUAAAAAGAUCAGUUGAACCAUGACUUUUCUUGUCAAGGGGCACAAUGCCAAUGUGGAUAAAAUACUUUCAGCUGGCUACUGGAAAAGCGGAAAAAGUUUAUUCCUUGUUCUUAGCGCAAUAAUCUAAUAAUCCAUCCAUGACUGUAAUAUCACCGCAGACUGACCGACUGUUAUUUACACUCACCAUAAGUGUUCCUUAAUCAUAGAAAUAAGCUAUUGUGAAAAUAAAAGCUUACUUUAUGUAAAGGAAACAUUAUGUUGUCAUGCUGUUCUAAGCUGGACUUCAUUUUAAUCAGCAUGCAUACAUAUGCAUAUACAUUGAAGUCGUAAAAUGUAAUUAGGUUUAUUCUACGAGAGUACAACAAAUAAUCAGAAAACAAAUCGAGGUGUCAGUGGCAACUUAUGUUCAUUCAAAGGGCUCAUAGUUUUCAUUAGUAGAUAUAUGAUAUACUGACAGAACUGUAAUUCUUAGUGAAUAAUCAGUAUGGUUUCUUGGCUAUGAUACUAUUACCUCAUUUACAUGUGUGGGGAAACAUCAAUAAAUUGUGCCAAAUUACCAGCUGUCAUCAGCUCCAGCCGUCUAUGGAUAUCAUCAAUGUUUUGUCAAGAUACGUUUUUUUUUGACAGAUUUCUAUAGAGAGAAUUUUGAAGAGUGUAUCGAUAUUUAUUUUGUGUGACUUUUUUCAAUUUUAUAUGAGAGUUUGCUCUCUAAGUACUCACCGACAAAGCCUUCAUUCACUGAUGGAAAUUGAUUUCUAUUACUGUUUGCAAAUGAGAGAAAAGAAAGUGGCUCAAGUAGCCAUUUAUUUUAUUAUGUGUGGUGAGCGCAUAAAUGACAAUUAAUUGCUACAGCAUGUUUACAAUAACCGUAAUGCUGUUCGAAAUUAAACACCAGUCCUACCAGUUCUUCUUUUGCUAUUGUGCUGUAGCCUUUGAUGGUUUUCUGGCUUAAGCUUUUCAUUCUUGAAGCUUCACUUUUCUGUUAUUCUUGUCAACUGAAAUCAGCCUUUGAGAGAAUGUAUUUUGUGAAACCCUCAAAAAGACUUGAACAUAGCGGCUGUUCAGGCACAGAUGCAUAUAAUUUAUUUUCAAGCUGCUGUUGAUUUCCUUAUUUGUUCUAUAGUUGCAGGUGAAAAAAGUUGCUGCCAUCUUGUGCUCCUCAUAUAUUUGUAUUGUAUAUUCAAAGGAAACCAGCAGCAAACACAAACUGUCUAAAUGGAAUGCAUUGAAGAUAAAAAGUUGCUUAACAAUACAAUGGAUUGAGUUUUUUUUUUAAACACUUUGGUUGACCAAAUAAUAUGCGUGCCCCAUCAGCUGCAAUAAUAUUGUGUAACAUUAACAACAUCUUUGUACAUGGGGAUGAUUAUGUAUCUCAUUUUUUUCUGCCUGUGAAUGUUUAUGUGUGCCCUUUAGUGUGCAUAUAAUAUUGUUUUAUAUUUAUAACUUUGUACUUUUCAAUGUGAAUGUAUGGGCUGUUUGUGAAGAAAUCAAAAUUGUUCUUGUUCUUUUAAUCACCAAAGAAAUAAAAUAAAUGUAUGGAUAUUAUAUAAUAA